CGGCAAGGUAAGCUGAUAGCCGUUUACAAACAACAAUUUAUAAUUAAUUCAAGCUGACAAAGCUAAAAGGGCAACACUUACCAUGGCACGUAGCUAUUCACACAUUUUCAAUUUAAUGAGCUCACUACAAACUUGAUUUCGCUUUAUGACGUGUAGUCACUGUGAACAGUACUACGGGAAAGUCUAAUAUCACUGUUACAUCCAGUCAAGCUCUUACUUCAAACUGAUUCAGAAAGGAAAACAAUCUCUUUUACUUCAAAGGUAAGGUUGAAAAAAAAAUAUACCGAAGUUUCUUCGAUGAACCCUGCCAGUGCGAACGGAUGUAACUUGCAUUCAUAUGCUCUACUAUUGUUUUGCAACCCUUGAAAAUGAUUUUGUGCAGUUGGUUGUUUAUUAUCGUCGUAUUUCCAUUUUAGAAGGAUUGAAUCGGUUUUAUAAGAAUAACGUUCAAUGUGUUUCGAGCUUAGUCGUAGGAAAUUGGCAGUAUAUCGAAAUUAAACUAAAUGCUCAAUAUUUCUGAAACUUUCCGCCGAGUGUUUUGCCUAUUAAAAAAUCAUACCGCCUACGUUCGAUUUACAUUCUAUGUUUUAUGCGAAAAAGUCCUUAGUUUAAAGCUUUCUUUUAUUGAAUUUUAAAAGAAAGUUCAAGCGAAAUUAUUUAUCGCAAGGAUAAAAUUUUGGCCAAAAAUACAUCAAAACACAAAAUAUCCACAUUGCAAAAUUUGCUUGCACUUAUUGAUAUGACGUCUUGCAUGUAAUUUUAAACCUUAGUCAUGACUAGAAAUAAAUUACACACGGGCGCAUUCUGUACAUGCAAAGCAAUUAUUCGCUGAUUAUAUCGGUUAUCUAUUGAUUGCUUUUAUUGAACAGCUAGGUAAGGAUGACUGUUUAGUGAUUCAGCGUUUUAAAUAGCAAGCUUCGUCUUAGCACGGUAUUGGAGUUUGUCAAUAUAUUCGCUCAACCACGAUGCAUUGUUAGCAUAUCUAUGUCGUGGCCGUAAGUGUAUUUUUAAGAAUGCUCUUCAGGGAAAGUAGAAACGAGCGGAUUGGUUUGUGAAAGUAUUGGAUCAAAUUUUAGCUGAAAACCCUUUCGUUCGUCAAUCAUUUGCACAGCUUGAAGGUAAAUUGGAGCCUCGUAUUUUACUGCUUACUUUCUUCGCAAUGAGAGUUUCUCUUCCUUCCCAUAUUUAUACAAAAAAUGCUCAUGUAAAAUACUUCCAGCGACUAAAUGUCCCGAGUCCUUGCGCUCAAAAUGACACAGUAAUCGUCUUGUCUUUCAAGUUAGGCGAGCACAAAAGCUUAACGUAUUUCCAUUCCUAAAAUUACGGAAACAGGAAGAGUGAUUUCGCUUUACUACUGGCGACACGUUACGACGAUGCUUAACAUCACGUAUUCAUGCACGCAAGGGCUACUAAUUAUCAUAUGUUAUUGUAAUACAUUAUGGGUCCAGUGCGUGGGUAAAAAUUCCUUUGUGUAUUUUCUGUUGUCCUCACAAUACUCCUUAAUAAGAGAUCGUGUGUGUAAAACUUGCUAUCGAUAAAAGUCCUAAAUGGUAGUUCUAGGUAGCAUUCCAACAUUUUCGUUUCAUUAUAGAGGCUUAUUCAAGAAAGAAGUGCAUUGUUACUUCGAGUCCCUUCCAUUAUAAGCCCAUAAGACUUUUAAGAUUAAAAAACGAAAUUGUUUGGCUCUAUUUUUCCUAUGGAUCUGAUCAGAGUUUAGUUUUUUUCUCUAUCUGCAUUCAGUCAAAUAAAUAUAUAUAUAAAUAUAUAUCCCACGAGGUAUUACGUACAUAUCAUGGAUGACAAAUUACUACUCAAUUUUGGCGCGAAAUUUCAGCGUAAAAUUAUAAUUUCACAUAUGAAAUGAAAACAUUACCAUGGCAACGUUUAGUUCGUCUCACUGGCAAGAUGGCGUCCAAGUUUAAAAUGAAUGAAGAUUUCAGGGCGUUAAAAGACGCUUUAGAAAACCUAAACACAGGAAAUAGUCCAUCAAGAAGGAUUCUAAAAGGUAUUUUGUCGAAUAAUACAGAAACUUGUGAACUUAUUGGCCAAAAUAGACCUUGUCACGGUUUUCGACGCCAUGUUGACGAGUAGGCUAACGUGUGAGAAAUUACAGUGUUUGUAUGAGAAUCUAAUGUCGAAUAAUUUCUGUAAAACGGCUGUUCUGAAAAAAAUAUUACUUGCAAACUGAAGCUACAAGCAAAGAAUUGUACUAAAAUUUUUUUGGGACGUACUUACAGAGGCUUGCUUAAGAUUUUCCAUAUAUUUGCCUGUAAUUUGUCAUGAAUGAAGAUGUCAGGGCAGAAAAAGACGCUUUAGAAAACCUGAACACACGAAAGAGCACAUCAAGAAGGAUUCUAACAGGUAUUUUGUCGAAAAAUUCUGGAGUUAAGCCAAAUUUAAGCUCUAAACGUUCGAGAGAGUGCAGGAGCUCUCGAUCGAUACGAUCCAGGAUAAACAUGUCAAAAAUCCAAGAUUGCCAACGUAAUUCGUCACCCAUGAUAUUAAUAGGUAAUCAAAUGGUAUGCUCGUGAAAUGAGGGAAUAAUUUCACUUGCGUUUUGUCCAAAUCCUGAUAAUUUCCCUCGCCUAAAGGCUCGGGAAAUUUUAGGAUUUGGACAAAACGCGCGUGAAAUUAUUCCCUAAUUUCACUCGUCACCAUUUGAUUACACAUACUAAUACAAUAUUCUAACGAAAUUAUUUACAAGAUCAAAUGUUCAGAGUGGUAAAAAGAAGACGAAGCCGGGGGCUUAUAAACUAUAGGCUUCCUGGAACUAUAGGGUGAACCAUGCAAAUAAAUGGCACUGAUUGAAAAUUUGGAUUAAUUAAAAAAAAAUACAGAAAAGAAAAGAAAAGAAGAGAAAAAAGGAAAGAGAAAAAGAAAAUGCAGUGUCCAGAAUAUGCCGCGGUCAAAUUAUACUUUUUGUCAUGUCUGUGCUCAUUUCAGAUAGUCUCUAACAAGAAUUUGUUAAAAGACGAGCUCAUACUUAACUGUGAUUUGUAUUUUGCAGAGUCAAAAUCGAAAAGUGAACCUCAAAGAUGACUUUUAGCCAGAGGUUUCGCUUAAACCUGAUCCAGGAGGCUAAAACAGAGCUAGACUUUCUUGCUUUGGUAGAUGAUUUUCCCAGUUUGUAUGCGGGUCCUAUCCUUAAAAAUGCCAUCAGGAGAUAUGAAAUGUUCUGGCUCCCACUGGCAGCUAGAGAGGGUAGCGCCAGUAGACUUCUUGCAGCUCCAUUAGACAUUGCUUGGGUGUGGUAUCUUCACAUGUUGUCACCACAAGAUUACGAAAAGGAUUGCAUGAACAUUGUCUCUCACGUUGUUGACCACUUGCCCAAGAACAGAAAUCAAAGAGGAAAAGGUCUUCAAAAUGCACGAUAUUUGUGGGAGAACGCUUAUCCUACGGAACAGUUUGAAGUCGACUUGAACUGUCCUACGCCAUUUGCUAUGCCAUACGGAUUAAAAAUUCGUUACGACAUCGAGAAAGCAUCUUAUGACCAAUCCAAGUUCUAUUAUCAAGUAUCACUCCCGCACUUUAACGAUAUCAAGUUUCUGGAAAGCGCUGUUGAGCGAUACGAACACCAUUUGCAUCUCAAAAUGCAGCAUCCGCAAGUUCCCAUGGUCCCGUUCACUGACAUCGACUUGAUUUGGCACGCACACCUUCAUCAUCCACUGAACUACAAGCAAGUGACUUCAGAAAUGUUCGGGGCAGUAGUGAACCCUGGAAGCCAUGACUCGAGUCUCAGCCUGGGAACCACUUUGCACGAUUCUGAGACUGGCACGAGAGCUGUAUGGUCUGCAGCUGGUUUCAAGUAUGACAAACCAGGAGCCGUGUACAGAGGUGACCCUCCUCAUCCCAUUCCUCCUCGACAAAAUGGGUAUUACGCUUCCUUAGGAAGGCUUCAAUACGAGAUGAAAAUACUGCAAGUAGAGGUUGUAAAUGUGGAUGUGAGCAAGAUGUUCACGCUGCGAAUUUACGAUCCUACGGGCGGUCUGGUGGUGGAUACAGUGAUUCAAGGUGGACACCGUCGCAAUAUGACGUCCCAGUGCAUUGUUGACAACGAAAACCUCCACAAGCUCACGGUAUCUUUGCACCAGAAAGCUCUACGGGGUUUCGAAAGGGUCAUUGGUUCAUCUGAAACGAGUUUGCUGUCCUUCAUUGACGCAUGCCCAUAUGGUGGAGCAAUACCUGAACUGCCUUGGGUGAUCGAUAUUCCAUUUAGUGCUGCACGAGCUAUCGUGAGACUGUCGGCCAAGUUGAGCCCUCCGUCUAUCGAAGGUUAUCGGUUUAAAGUAGAGCCAGAACCUUACUUUGCCAAAGUUGACCAUCCAUCCGUGGUACUCAGUUUUCCACAGUCUAUGUUCUCACCCAGAGAUCUGGCAAAAAAUUACCUGCCUUGCGAAUCUGCGACUCACACUUUGCUAGACUGCAGAGGGCGGGAGUCCUUCAAGUGUCGCGUUGUCCACAGUACCGCAGGUUUGCUAUCGGCAGUGGAGAUCAUCAGUCUUGAUGGUGUUGUUGUUGCAUCUGCCCACACAAUGGAUCUCAACACUCUUCCCGAUAAAGCAGCAAUUGAAGAUCACCCAAGAUGCGCCUAUUUAGACCGUGUUGAAGGCGAAAGAGCCAUGCUUAUCCGGGGUAAAAAAGAUUGGGGCAUUUGUAUUGGAAAAUGGCAGAGGGGGAAAGUGCUAAAUCGUUCCGCAGGCCAAGUUGAAAUAACACUUUUUAAGCUCAAAGGCGUGAGAGGAUGGUGUGAGGUACGCAAAUUCAAGGGUGGUCUUUACGUGGUCUAUCUAGAAACAGCUGUCUUUGCUUACGUGGAUUUAAAGAGAGGAUUGUUUGUGCUAUCUCCAUCGGCGCAGGAUGCUCCAGAAAUCAUUGCUUUAGCUUUUUCCAUGUCCAUUCUCUAUCUCCUCUGCAAGCCUUACAAUCCGACACCAGCUAACGUUUCGUCACCAUCCUUUCACAAGAAAGCUAAAGAAGAUAAGGUGACCCCGAUGCUUCUUGCUGCUGGAUACAAGAGUUCUACAGUUCCAACGAAUGUCUAUCUUUUACGAAGCUUAAUGGGCCCGUCAGCAUCGGGUCCAUCCCUGGACGGUGCGGGAACGUACGAUCUGGAUUCAGAAUCCGGUCUUGAUUGGAUUAGAGAACUCAUCAGAAAGAAACAGGAAGCAUAUCUUUUUCAUUAUAUGAGUGGUGUGACCUAUGAACUUCCAUCCGAAAAGGAAGGUAACAGCACCUUACGCCGGACGAAUGGAAGUUCCUUUACCUUGUAAGGUGGCGGAGAAAGGAGCAAAAGUCAGUGUUGAGAGGACGAAACGAUUGAUUAAAUCAACCUCGAGAGUAAAGAAACCGUAAUCUCAUUACGUUUUAGAAUCUAUCGUUGGACAUUCUCGGGACCGUAAUUCAUUGUUCUCAUUAGCGCGAGUCCGUAAUAGAUUGCGUCAUUCGAACGUCCCUAAUUUUUGCCAGGGAUCUCGCUGCGGUCCGUUUUGUGGGGCCGGUUUACUGUCACUUAAAAUAGCGAGGAUCCCGUAAUUUGACAGUAUUUAGUUAUAGAUUUAGUUGGGAGGUUGCUAAGCACGAUAGAAGAGCUAUCGUCUCGUUCGACACAGUUUCUAGAGUGGUUAGCAAACAUCUCAAGUGCACCCACGCGAAAAGGACAAUCAAAGCGC